CUAGUUGCCUGAAUGGAAUGAAACAGCGCUCCCGUGGGUUGUAACGGUCAAAGCUGGCGUUGCAUACGGACAGGUGGUGAAGACUGGACCGGUGAAGUUUACUGUUUACUAUCAAAUAUCUGACGAGGUUACUUUGAUGCCACUGUAGAACUGUGAAUGGACAAGAAAGAUAAACUAAAAAGUAAAAUGUGAAGCCAGUCAUACUUUGGCCUCACAACAAAACAACAAUAAGUUAGUUCAUAUUUAAAUGAAACAAUAGCCUGUUUUUUUUAGUGUAGCCUGCUAACGUUAGCCGUGUUGUUUUGAGUUAGCUAGCAGCUAGGUUAGUUCUCUGAGCAAAAAAACAAACAAAUAGCUAACCUUCUGAGCAACAAGUGAAACGAUAGGCCUUAUAUAAUAUGGCUAUGGACAACUUCAAAGACUUGCUUCAACGGCUACUGUUGAAGCAAGGUAACGCAUGGAUAUUGCACCGGACUUUGCGAACUUGUGCUCCCACCGCUAAACCUUCCCAGAGCCAAUCACCUUCUCUUCCACCUCAGGAAAAACAAGACUGGCAUCACCAGGAAAACGAGCAUUGAAUGUUUAAGCUAAUGGACAGAAAGUAUGUACCGGUGUGGCCACUUUUCAUUAUUCUGGCUACAGUACCGUGUAUGUUGUACUGCUCACAGAGUCCUGCAGCUGUCCUUGGCAAAAUGUAUCCACGGGGCAACCACUGGGCAGUAGGUCAUUUGAUGGGAAAGAAGAGCAUCGAGAGCCUACCUGAACUGCAGGAGACAAACCAGGACAGUGACCACCUCACACCUUUAGAAAAAGCUGGGGUCACAGAACGACUGAUGGAGGCACUGAUGCAACAAAAGAACCAGAAACAGACGAUGCCACAGACUGGGGACAGGCUGCUUCGGCUGCAGAGCGGCUGGAGAGAAGAGGACAGAGACAAAUAUCUCAGAGAGCUGUCCAACCUGCUUCUUCUGGCUUUGAAACUGCAAGACAAUGAAUCCACCUGAAUGCAAGACAGUCAUCAUUAUCUACUAAACGUAUCCUGUUAUUACAUAUUCACACUGGAUAUUUUUUUCUGCUGUGGGAGUACACUGGAAAGUCAAUAGAAGUUUAUUUUAUCAGUAAUCUAAUAUUUCUAAUAUGUGCAUCAUGUAGUAGUUUGAUUACAGACUGACAGGACAAGGUUAUGCUGAAUGCAUUGAGAGGCUGAAUAAAUUUAACAUUGUGAUAA